CCGUCUUUUUCAAACGGGAUUCUUGCAUGAAAUGUACAGCAUCUGGUCUCAGUGAAACUAUACAUUUUGGUGAAGCUUGACAACAUUUGUGAAAUCUCAGCUUAUUCAUUUCCGAAAAACACAUUUUCGGAUCUUGUUUUAAAAAGUCUUCUUCUGCUCGAGCGAACACAAAGUCGAAAAUGUCGAGCAGACACCGGGCGGACGACCCAAGAAUGAAGGAGAUCCCGGACAUCGUGAUUGACCCGAGUAGUAGCAAACGUUAUAUGAAAGGUAGAUUUCUCGGCAAGGGCGGAUUUGCAAAAUGUUACGAAAUGACAGACGUCGAAAACAACCACAUUUACGCUGCCAAAAUAGUACCAAAAGCAUUGUUAAUCAAGCCACACCAGAAGGACAAAAUGACAAUGGAGAUUGCAAUUCACCGUAGUCUGAUUCACCCCAAUAUUGUUGGAUUUCAUGGAUUCUUUGAAGACAGCAAUUUUGUCUAUGUUUUACUGGAACUGUGUCGAAGGCGGUCACUCAUGGAGUUACACAAAAGGAGAAAAGCGGUGACCGAACCAGAAGCCCGUUACUUUAUGCGUCAGAUCCUUUUAGCUACCAUUUACAUUCACAAGGAGAAGGUUAUACACAGGGACAUGAAGUUAGGGAAUCUCUUUCUUAAUGAUAUGAUGGAAAUCAAAAUUGGUGAUUUUGGCCUUGCAACAAAAAUAGACUACGAAGGUGAAAGAAAAAAAACUUUGUGUGGUACACCAAAUUACAUUGCUCCUGAAGUACUCAAUAAGAAAGGACACAGCUAUGAAGUGGAUAUGUGGUCGAUAGGCUGUAUAUUAUACACAUUAUUAGUCGGCAAACCACCGUUUGAGACAACCUGCCUGAAAGACACCUACCUCCGUAUUAAAAAGAAUGAAUACUACAUCCCAUCUAGAAUAUCUGCUCCUGCAAAGUCACUUAUACAGAAAAUGUUACAAAGCAAUCCCAUUGAGCGACCAUCGAUGCAAGAAGCGCUAGAUGAUGAGUUUUUUAAAUGCGGUCCAUUACCAACUAGGUUACCAACAUCUUGCCUCACAACAGCACCUAGAUUCAGUGUGGCCCAACCAAUGGCAUCGAGUAGAAAACCCUUGUUGGAGAAAAAUGGCACAGGAGAUGCCAUCCCAACCAAUGGUUUGACGAAAGAAUCAGAGGCAUUAAGAAAACUCGCCGCUAAGAAUGGUGAAGGAAAAGAAGAAGGGUCGAGAGGUGUUCUCAGGUCAGAAGAUGGUGCUGGAGAACCAACUGACUGUUACUUGUCAGAGUUACUGGCACAACUAAAUACAAUUGUUAAAUCAGGUCCUGCUAGCAAAGCAGUGAUAGAUGAAGACGAAGCAGAGGAUCCAGCCGCUGUACCAGUUUACUGGGUUAGCAAAUGGGUUGACUAUUCAGACAAAUACGGUCUGGGCUAUAUGUUGAGUGAUGAUAGCGUUGGUGUCAGAUAUAAUGAUUCAACAAAACUACUACUUUAUGCAAAUGGAGAUACACUCCAAUAUAUUGAGAAGGAUGGCGGCGAAAGUUACUAUCAACUGAAGACCUUCCCAGAAACACUAACUAAGAAAGUGACCCUCCUAAAAUAUUUCCGUAACUACAUGAACGAAAACCUUUCAAAGGCUGGUGCUCAGAUGACCCCAAGAGAUGGUGAUGAGAUGAUUCGCCUACCAUUUCUGAAUGCCUGGUUCCGUACACGUAGUGCCAUUAUCUUGCAUCUCAGCAAUGGCUUACUUCAGGUUAAUUUCUUCCAAGAUCACACCAAGAUCAUAAUCUGCCCACUGAUGUCGGCUGUCACGUUUAUUGAUGAGAAAAAGAACUUCCGUACAUUCAGACUACCUCUUCUUGAGAAACAUGGUUGCUCAAAGGUGUUGGCAAACCGUUUGGACUAUGCGCGUGUCAUGGUUGAACGGCUGAUAACAUCGAAAUCGGGAUCAUCUCGUGUCAAAUCCACGUCAUGAGCAGCAAUCCAAUUUCCUUGAUAGACAAUUUACAUAUAGUAGUAACUUAAUUGGGAUAUUUUACUUGGAAAUUGUUCAUGUAACCAAAACGUGUUUGUCGGCAGUCAAAUUUUGACAGCAUGUUUUGUGAAAAUGAUCAAACACAAUGCAUAUGAAGAAAACACAAUCAAUGUUUUAACGUGACAAAAUUCUAGUUUGUUUUUACAAAGCUGGGUGUGGCUGGAAGCUUCAAAUUUAUUAUUUACUUCAGAUUGCUUGCAAAUAUACCCUACUUUUUCCCAAAAUCUUUUAAAAUAGAUAAAGACAAAUUAGGUGUAUAUUGUGUAUUUUCAGCUAAUGCAAGAGGCGGUUUAUUUCAACUCGUUAAAUUUUGGAUACAACAUACAUGUAUUCAAGACUGAAUUUUGUCUUUGACUUGUUCAGGUGUAGUUUCUGCUUCAAUAAUUUGUUAAAGCAAUAAUGGAAUGUCCUUAAAUUGCAGUUUUACAUACUUUAACAACCAUGUUUUUUAAACAAAAUUAUAAACACAAAUCAAUAAUUUGAAUGUUUUGUGUUAAAAGCAGACAAAAGAAACGGAGUAGCCAGUAUAUUGUACAUAUGGUAUUUAAACUUUUGUAUUGUAAAUAGCUCAUUAGUUUUUUUUUUCUUUUUGUAAUGUGUUGUAUCUGGGUUUUUUUUUUUUACACUUUCGUGUUCUGUAAAGUGGAAUCCUUAGGAGUUUCCAUUGUUUUGAAAAAAAAUGUAGCAACACAAUCUUCCGAGGCAAUGACAGAAAUAUCCCGCACAAUCAAAUUAGUGUCAGCUAUUAGGUGUCAUCUAGGGUGGCUCUAUUGUGAAAUAUGGAAGAAAAAAAAAAUAUAUUUUGUCACAUGAAUAACAAAUAAGAGCAAUUUUGGUUCAAAUGCCACUGUAAAAUCAUGAUCAAGUCGUUGAUCAAAAAUAAAGUGUUAUUUUUAAAAAUAAAUCAUUGUCCUUUUCAGUACAUGUCUUAUCUUGAAAUUGAUAUUGUAAUGCGGGCAUUUGAAGUGAAAUUUUUUCAAUUUUUGUAUAAAAAAUGAACCAUUUAAUAAAUACUAACUUUAGAAACACAAA